GAGAACUGCUGCCCAGACGGCGUCCGGCCUUGAUCCACCUCACUCAGGGCUAGAGGGACGGGGGAGGAGGGGAGAGUAGACGAGGGCGAAAAAGAGAGAGAGAGGGAGAAGGAGAAGGAGAAGAAAAGAGUCCUGAGAAGCUGGAGACGAUGACUUCGAAGACUCGGCUUGGCUGCCGCUGCUGCCUGUGGGCGACUACGACGGCCGCUUAAUCCUCCCGGGAGUGCGGGGGUUUCCUGUCCCGCCCGGCCCGGCCCAGUCCGACCCGGUCCGGCCCCCUCCUCUCUCCCACCUCUUCCCCUCCCCCUCCUCUCUCCUCCCCCGGGACUUUCGCUUCUGCCACUCACAAGUUAAAGGUUCUCUCUGCCCCGUUUCUAAAUUUCACCCCCCACCUCCCACCCCUCUCCAGCCCCUGGAGUGAAAGUUGAGCUGCUGGGUCCCUCCCUCUCCCCCCUGCCCGAGAUAUUCCAGCCUGCCCCCCCCCACCCCACCUCCACCCCCAGGGUUUUUCCAUCUUGGAGGCUCCCAGUCCGGGAGUUGUGCGUGUUUCUGGGUGCUCUGGGACUGGUCCGGCUCUCCAGCUAUUUCUUACCCUGAAUGUGUAUCUACAUAGUUAUCUAUGUACACAUCGGGACAUUUUUUCUCCUGCUUAAUGAGGACUUGACUCGGGAGCCACUGUGAAUCAUUCUCUGGGCUGGGAAAGGAGGAAGGAAGAUUUAACCCCCUCCCACCCCACUUCAUGUCCAUGUCUCAUUCGGCUUGGUCUACCUGGCACGGUUGGUACUGUUGCUGCUGCUGCUGCUGACAGGGAUCUGCUGCCAUCUCUGGAGUUUUGCUCUUGACACAGCUAGAGACAGUUCCUGUGGAUUUUUGUUUCUUUUUUUUCUUUCCCGUCAGAAGCUCAACCAAUCCAACAAUCUUUUUCUUAAAACAAGUUUCUUUAAAAGCACAUCACCAACUUGUCAAAAUUGGCAGAGGAGCUAUUUGUGUGGCUUGAAGAUCUCUGUGUUUUUGUUUAAUCAUCAGGGUAUCUAUCAAACAGCAAGAUGUCCAGCAAUGUUCCGGCUGAUAUGAUAAAUUUACGACUCAUCUUAGUGAGUGGGAAAACUAAAGAAUUCCUGUUUUCUCCUAAUGAUUCAGCAGCAGAUAUUGCAAAGCAUGUGUAUGACAAUUGGCCAAUGGACUGGGAAGAAGAACAGGUUAGCAGUCCAAACAUUCUGCGACUUAUUUAUCAAGGACGAUUUCUACAUGGAAAUGUGACACUAGGAGCAUUAAAACUUCCUUUUGGCAAAACAACAGUGAUGCAUUUGGUGGCUAGAGAGACAUUGCCAGAACCAAAUUCUCAAGGUCAAAGGAACCGUGAAAAGACUGGAGAAAGCAAUUGUUGUGUGAUCCUGUAAACACUGAUGUUUCUGCUAAGUGUGGUGUAAUAUAAGUCUGUCUUUUAUGCUGCUGGGAUAGAAGAGAUCCAACAUCAGACAUGCUUAGGAACAGUCCGUCUGUAAAUCCAUGGAAUUGAAAUAUUACAUGAACACUGUUGUUGUAUUCUCUGUUGCAAGAAGAGAUUCAAGAACAUUUUCACUAUGAUUUUUUAUUUCUAGUUAUUUUUAUGUUGAGCAAUCUUACAAUUCAUUGGUUUUUGAAUGCAGUUGAUCCAGGAAAAAAAAAAAAGUUAACAUGUUAUCUUCCACAGCAGAAACCAUUUUGCUGCCAUAAAAAUCUUCAUCCAGAGAACUAAUAAAUCAAGCGUUCCAAAUGCAAUUUGCACUAAAAAUGGUUGACAAUAUUUCAUUAUUUUCAUCAAUAGGAUUCGUAAACUCCAUGACACCUAGGAAUAAUCUACUAUAAAUUCCGUACUGGAAAAACACUCAGAAAUUAAUAAUGUUCGUUAAUGGCCAAUUUUUUUUGUUUGUUUAAAACGGAGAAGGGGCAGGAGAAAAAUGGAAAAUAAACUAAACUGUUCGGUGAAUUCUACCAAAGUUAACCUUGGUGGCAACACUGGCAUAGGAUACUAACUAAACUGAGUGUGACUCUAUUUUAACUGCAACAAAUGAAAAAAACAAUGUGCCUGUUAUUUAAAGCACUCUGCAGAGGGCUGUUGAAUUGUUUUCAUUAUGAUGUGCACUCUUUGGUCAGACAGUAGUUGAGUGCUUGUUCUUACAGCACAAAUAGGGCAAAGAGUGUGUUUCCUAGCCUUAAUAUGGGAGGGGUAAUUUCCUGUAGUCCAUAGGCUUUUAUUAUUGUGCAUAACUAUUAGAAAACCUCAUCUACUGAUCAAUUUUAUGUAUUUGAAUAUCAGCAAAUUGAUGGUUUUUUCCAGUAACCUUUUCUCAUCUGUACCUUAGUGUCCAAUGUCAUGCUUACUUAUUAGACAUUUCAAACAAAUUCUUAAUAUUUAAAAAAAAAAACAACCAACUCUUUGCCAGAGUACUAGUUUUGUUUAUGUAAUCUGCAUUUGGUAUUAGUGCUUGCAAUUGUAUUAAAAUCAAAAGCUGAUUUUUAAAGCAUAGAUGACUUAAAGUGAUGCCAUUCUUUUGUUUCAUACCAAUAAUUUAAAAGUUGAUAUGCUCAAGAAAUUUGCACAGCACUAAAGCAUGAGCUAGUUUCAUUUAAAUCUGUAAAAAUAUAAAAGAUUUUAUAUUUUUUCACUGGGAAGAAAUUCUUCCUGGGUGAAAUUACAAAUAUGUGUAGAAUAUAUUUAAUUAAAAUCUUAUAAAAUACUUAACUAUAGAAUUUAAAUAUAGAUUGGCGUGUAGUAUAAUAGAACAAUAUUCCGUAUAAAUAGCUUUAGCCUUCACAGAAAUUAAAGUCACAGGCUGACAUUGUGUUCUGUAUUUAAUAAGUGUCCACAGCCCUUAAACAUACAUGUGAACGUUUCCAGAUGGUCAACAUCCUUUAAAUGUAAUCAGGUUAUUUUGUUCAUUGUUAUCGCUUUGAUGAAAAGGCUUUAUAUGCAGUAGAUCUACAAAAAUAUUGUUCAUACUGAUCAGAAUUAAAUUUGUAUAGAGCAGAGUUUUAAAACAAAUUGUAAAUAGUACUAAACAUUUUCUUUCUGCAACCUGUACUGAUAAAAUCCUUCUGUAAACUAAAUAAAAGCAUAUUAUAGUGGUAAUUUUAGAGGUCCUUGAUUAGAUCAAUAAUUGUUUAAGCAGUUCUCAUCUUGGUUAAAACUAUGUUUUCUAUUGGUAUUUUCUUCUGAAUCUUGUUUUUUAAAUUACUUAAUAUAAUAUUAUUUAGUUUGUGAUGUGUUCCCAAUGUAUUUCUUUGGUAUUUAAUCUGAUUUAUUUCUGCACAGUCACUACAGUGAAAAAGUUUAUGUAGUCUGUGCUCUCAUUAAAAAUAUUAUAUUCAUAGAUACUCAAUAUUUAUACUCUUUUUAAAAAAAAAACUGCAGCUCACAUAAGAAUCAUAUCAGUGCAACCUAAAGAAGAAUAGGUUACUUGGUUAGGCAAAUGUCCCAUUAAUGACUUUUGUUGGACUAUUGCAAUAGUCUCCUAACAGGUCUUCUUGCCUCCAUUCUCUCCAUGCUAUAAUUUAUACUUAAUUGUAUACCUGAUCUAAUCUUUAUUAUAAAUUAUGGCCUGAUAGAUCUUCUUGCUUUCUAUACCUCCACUUCUUACUCUAUAUAAUCCAUUCUUAACACUGCAGCCAAUCUAAUCUUCCUAAUGUAAAUAUGGUCCUCCAAACAAUCUUCUGUGGUCAGUCUUCAUUGCUUUCUUAUUGGUUGGUCCUUUGCCUGGCAUUCAGAGUCUGCCAUAGUCUGGUACCAGCUGCUUUACUCUCCAAACAAACUGGAUUACUCUUUGUCUCAGAUGAUCCUGCACUUUUCUGUCUCUAUGCUUUUCUCAAGCUGUUCCCUAGGCCUGUAAUGUCUUGUCUGUCCUUAUUCAGCUGUUGAAUUUCUUCCUCUUCUUUAAAACCCAACUCAAAAGCCACCUCCUUGAAAUUUGUUUCCCUAACCCUCCCUCCCUCAGUUUUUAAAACCGUUCUCACAAAGCACCUUGUUUUGCCCCUCUCUAAUGCGCUUCCGUUCUAUUUUGUAUUACAUUUAUCUCUAUUUAUACAUUUCUCCCCCCCUCAUAAGACUGUAAACUCUAUAAGAACAAAAUUUUGCCCAAGAAUUUAGCUAAAUUUUGUAUCUCCUCUAGCACCUAGAACAGUGAUCUGCAAACAUUAGGCACUUAAUGUUUAUUGAAUUGAAACUCACUAGUUAUUUAGAAAUUGCUAAAUAGGAUAAAGAAAUUAAUUAUUAGAGAAAGAAUCAAUAUACUAAAAUAUUUAUAUGAUAGAUAUGCUGAAUGAAGGAACUUCAGCAGUUAUGAAGUACCCACUGUGCAGAUCAGUGUUCUAAGAAAUGUAGAAAUUGAAUAAGACUGUGCCUGCCCUUACAGAGUUUACACUUUUAAUAGGAUGAUACAACACAUAUAUAACUAUAAUAAAAUACUAUCUUCCUCAUUCCAUUUAUUUUUCAAAAAUAAAUGCAUAAUCAAUACUUAGGUUAAAAUAAAAAAAAAACAAUUUUUUUCUUAAUUUAACAUAUUUAGAUAAGUACAAGCAUCCCUUUAAUACUUUGUGCUGCAUCAAAGUUUAGAUAUGAUUGGAAUACCUAAGACCUCGUUGUCCAAAAUGGCACCUCAGUUGCCUAAUGGUUCAAGUUGCACUAGAACCAAAGUAGUAAUAGCGAAGAUUUAUGGGCAUUUAAUUUAAUCAGUACAAGUCCAUAGCUUGGUUCUUCAAACCACACCUUGUUGGCCUUGAAUAGUUUUAGCCUCCUGUUGGAAUAAAUAAAAUUCUCCCAGGAUGAUAAGGAUCUUGGUCUUUACAAAAAUGUCAUUAUGCUUCUGGAGUCUGGGUUAACUGUGUGGUUUCUAUUUAAGGGAAAUUAUAUCCACUCUUGACACUGAGAAGGCUAAAAUCUAGUAUCAUCAUGCAUAUUAAGUAAUUUUCCCCUAACAUUGAAUUUUAAUUUUAAAUAGGGUCACCUUGACCAAAGUUAAUAGUAUUUUUAUGUUAUCUAAGUGUAGUGUAUGAUGUUUAAUGUGAAAUGAGAUUAAAAUUUACUCCUCUUUUGAAUAAUCCCCAUGUACACUUUUGGUGUAUCUUCAUCUUUUUUUCAUUAUUAUUUACCAUCUUUCUUCCUUUCUGCAAUUCUGCUAGUCAGUCCUACAGAAAAAUUCACCGUUGGUGACAGUCACCACUAACUCAGGAACUAAUAGAAUCUUCCAUUCCCAUAGUCUAUUAACAUCCUGACUAGUUAAGUGUAUGGUAUGGUAUGAUAUAUUGUUUGACUUGUAGGAGUUUGAGGUUUAAUCUGAGUUACUUGAUUUAUACAAAAAGUGAUGGUUUUCUUUUUUACAGAAAGUGAACACCUGAAGAGCCUGUCCAUUUUGGCUCUACUCUUAAACUUCUUUAAGCUCAUAUCAAGCAGGUCUUCCACUCUUUCCACUACUACUAGUUACUGUUACUGUUGUUUUGUAACAUGAAAACCUAAUUGAUUAACCUUAGUGGAUAACAUGGAGGAUUUGGUAUUUGAUAUUCAAAACUACCAAUAAAGUGGCAAGAACAGGAAUAAUACUAAAGUAUGGGAGCAGCCUAGGGUUGUUAGUCAAAUUGUUUUAUACUUUCUGACAACCAUGUAUACUUUGGAAUCUCUUUGUUCCUCUGAUUAAGUAUAAAUUCACACAUAUAGUCUAAAUUAACCAUGGAAAGAAUUUUAAGCCAAAAAUAGCAAUAAAACUGCGACUUGCUACAAAGCCUCACUUAUGUUCUCCAAAGGAAAGGGCCAGCAUCAUAAAAUUAUAGAAUUAUAGAGGCAGAACAUCUGAAUUUGGAUCCUAACUUGGAUACAUACUAGCUGGAUAAAUAGAAUCAAGUCACUUAACCUCUCCCUGAGCCUCCUCAGUGUUUGCAAAAUUGAUAUAAUAGUAAUCGUACUACCUAUUUCAUAGAGUUGUGAGGAGAGUGUUUUGUAAAAUUCAAAAGCCUAUCUAUGUCAAGGUUGAUUCUUUUAUUGUCAUUGGUAUAGAGAAGGACAGACCUCAGAAAGAGCUCUUCUCCUCAAAGCAGUUAUCUAGUUUACAACAUCCCCAACAAGUAGUCAUACAGCGACUAACUGGAAAAUCUUUACACCCAGAGAUAGCCCAUUCUGCUUCUGAACAGUUCUAAAUAUCAGGCAACUAAUCCACUGCUGCACAGGCACCAAUGCUUCCUAAAGAAUGUUUCCUUAUUAUCACUAUUUAGCCACCUCUUGCUUCAUUGGGCAUGCUACGGCUUUUCUCAAUACCACUCAGGAGCAAUUUUGUCCAUUAGCUUUAACAGUUUUUCAAUUUAAUUGAUAUUAUUUUUAAAGCCUCUAUCAAAAGGACAGCAUAGGAAUAAUUGUGAACCUAAAUGUCCCUAGCCUAACCUUCCUCUUCAGUUUGUUCACCUCUCUCCUCUGUCUUUUCAGAGUCAGCAUCAUCUUCCCACUUUUAUUAAAAUUUGCAAAUCUCUAUUUUGUUUUUUUGGUCACUCUUUCCCCCUGUAUGACUUAUGACUGUUGAGUAUGAGCCUCAUUUCUAUACUUUCUGGUACAUAGGUAAUGUAUAACUCCACUUCUGUCCUAAUUUAGUAGUACUUUCUUUAGUCUUAAUCUCAAACCAAUGUCGUGGUACUCCUCAAUUGUGUUUAAGCUCAUGGGACUUAUAGUCAACUGCAGUUUAAGCAUUUUACUAUCUGUUAUUUCAUCUUUGCUUUCUGGUGCUUGGAUACAGUUUUUUCCUCAUCCCCUAAUUUACAUAUCUUCCACAAGCAGAUUUCUUUAAGAAUGUGACCCUUCAAACAGAAACAGAAAAAGCAAAAACUCUAAACUUUUCCCUAUUCUUAUUAUUCUGAUUUAUUGAAGAUUGAAACAUAAAGGCCUCACUCCCAAGAAAGCUCUAGAUUUGUCAUUUCCAACACUUUUUCACUAGGAAAUAUGUUCUGUCUCUGAACUUUAUUAUUCCACAAAUAAAUGAACUGAGGUGUUAAGAAUCCAGUCGACAGUCAUAUAUUUCAGUGAAUUAGAACUGAAAAUUAGUUGCAAUUCUAUAAAGAGGGAUUUAAUAAAUCACAUAAUUUUGUUAUUCUCACCUUCCUCCAUUCUCUCAAAUUCUACUUUUUUUUCUCAAAAACACCUCUUGAUUAGCUAUUUGGAUUCCAUAGAUGCUUCUUGCUCUUUAAUUCAUUUUCAGGAUAUUUUGUUAGCUUUAUUCUAUGCAAUGCCAAGACUGUAUACCUGAUAAAUUUAUAUAUUCAACAAUAUCUGCAAAUUGUAAAUUUGCAAAAAAAAAUCUGCAAGGUCAGCAAAUAUCUAACAUUGAAUCUACAAUUCAUCAUGUCUAGCAGUCCCUUCCUAAGAAAACAAUGGAGGACUUAGCCAAUCAAGGUAGGGAUAACACAUUUCGAAUAGGGAGCAGGGGAGCCUAUGGCCCCUCUAAUCACUCUUUUUUUUUCUUUUUAAUGUAAUAAACAUUUUUAUUUAUAGUUUUGGGUUCCAAUUUUAAUUCCUCCUUCCUUCCCUCCCUCCCUCCCCUCUCCCCUUCCUAAGGUGGUAAGCAAUCAGAUAUGGGUUAUACAUGUGUGAUUAUGCAAAGUAUUACCAUGUUUGUCAUUUUGUACAAGAAAACUUGAUUAAAAAAAUUAAAAAGUGAAAAAUUGCAUGCUUCAGUCAGUAAGCCAGUUACAUUUCCUUCCCAAGCAGACCUUAUUGUGGGCCAUACCUAUUCAUACAACUUAACAUACAUAUACAAUCAUGUUUUUAAAACAUGCCUCUUUGUGAAAUAGUUAAGUUCAUAGUUUUCCAACAGUAGAAGGAUCAUCCCUAUCUGGAUUAUACUUAAAAAUCACAGAAUCUCAGUUUGAAGCAACCUCAGAGGCGAUCUAUUGCAGACUUUAUUUUUUGUUUGUUUUUGUUUUUGCGGGGCAAUGAGGGUUAAGUGACUUGCCCAGGGUCACACAGCUAGUAAGCGUCAAUUGUCUGAGGUUGGAUUUGAACUCAGGUCCUCCUGAAUCCAGGGCCAGUGCUUUAUCCACUACCCCACCUAGCUGCCCCUAUUGUAGACUUUCUAAACAGGAAUUUAUAUUUAUAGCAUCACCAACAAGAGUUCAUGCAGCCUUUUCUUUGAAAAGCUUAAAUGAAGGGGCACUACACUCUCAUCCAAGCCAGUCUAUUCCACUUUGGUAUGUCAGGAAAGUUUUCCCUAGAGUGAGUUAACAUCUUCGUCUCUGCAACUGGAAUCUGGUACUCCUAGCUAUAGUAUAGACUCAGUUCCUUCAACCAGUUCUUGUGUGACAGCCUUGAGGCUUUGUACUAUUCUGAAUGGCUUCCUAUCAGUGUCUAUCUUAAUAUGUGGUAUCCAGAAUUUAACAUAUUACUCUCAUUUGUGGUUUGACCCAAGUAAAAUGGAACCUUCUGUGUCCUGGAUGCUAUUUUUCUCAAUGCAGUCUGAGAUCACUGUUUUCUUGGCUACCAAAUCUCAUUAUUGAUGUACAUUGAGCUUGCAGGCUACUAACCCUAACCCACUCCCUCAGAUCUUUUUUUUUU